UUAUUUCCCAAGAAAGUUUUGCAUUGGUCAUUAAUUUUGGUCGGUUAAAUGUUACUAUAUGCGUGUUUAGAACAAAGUAGACUGAAAUAAAAAUAGAUGUGUGUUUCUGUGUUAUAUUUUGAUUGUUAGUUUUGGAAAAGUAUUUGGAUUUUUUUUGUUUUUUUGGUGGUGAAUGAUGGAUUUUUGAAGGGGGUUGCUGCACAGUUUAAUGAUAUUUUCUUUCCUUUUUUCUUUUUCUGGUUUUGUUGUAUACUAGUCGUUUGUGUUUCAUGUGGUGAGUGAAUCAUAAUUAGGCCAAUUCAAAUUGCACUAUUUUGCACUAUUACAGCUAUUUCUAUGUUUCAUGUGGCAAGUGAAUCAAAAUUAUGCUGAUUUGGUAAAACACAAAGUUAACAAACUGGACAUAGUUCAUAGUAUAAACAUGUACAUUCGAAUCCCUAACAGAAGCACUAAAGUUUCUCCUUAUUUUGAAUCUUUUCUCAGGAUGUUCUGGAAGCUGGCAAUACCUGCCAUUUUGGCAUGGACCCUUUUUGCAUCGACAGAGACCAAGAAGCCCCGGCCCCAGGGUUCCAUCCCCUCCCCUUACAAGCUAAAAGGCAAUGAUUUGUCAUCACCACCUCACACACUAGCGUCACUGCCCCAGCACACAUCAGCACGACGACAGAAAGGCAAACACGACAUGUUGUCGUCGAGUCGCGAGGCCCUGGUGGUCACCGAGAGGAAAUACCUUAAGAGCGACUGGUGCAAAACACAGCCGUUGCGUCAAACGGUGAGCCUGGAGGGGUGCCUGAGCCGAACCGUCAUCAACAGGUUCUGCUACGGCCAGUGUAACUCCUUCUACAUCCCCCGCCACCUGACAUCUCAAACCUCCCAUCGAAGUAGAAAAACAGCUUCCACGCCAGAUCACAACACUUCAUUCCAGUCCUGUGCUUUCUGUCGGCCCAGCCGAAUAACCACGGUCACCGUACGGCUUCACUGUCCUGGGCUCCAGCCGCCGUACCGGCAACGGAAAGUUCAACGGAUCAAGCAGUGCAAAUGUGUGUCUGUUAACGUCAAUGCCGCUUACUGAGAAGGCACACAAAUGAAACAAUGCCUCAAAAUCCUUUUGGAAAAUCUGGGGCCGCCCAACAAUCAAUGUGUGAAACCUGCCAAAGACAACAGCUAAUCAGAAGACUGGCCACCUUCAUUAUGUCUGGACUGUACCACAGCAUGCUACCCAGGAAUGCUUAAUAGCUGCCGAGCAGGGAUGGAACACAAAGCUGGAUUUUUUUUCUUCUUUUUUGACAAAUAUAAUGAAGCUGAGAGUACAAUUACAUAAAACGGUAAAUAACACUCGUGUGCUAUAAAUGAACAGAGUUUGACCUUUGACCUCUUGAAAGCUUUUCUUUAGCAAAACACAGAGCGUCUGUAUUCCAGCGAUCUCCUGCUUUACCUCAGCAAUGCUGAUUCUCUAUAGAGUGCAACAGUCAGGGUUCCGGAAGUAAAAAUCCCAUGCUUUUUCUCGAUAGGGGAAAACUCAUUUUAGAUGGUCUAUACCUCUGUUGAACUUAUAGCCCUGUAUUAGCUUAACUAAAAUGUAUAAAUAAUUACGCUACGUUUGAAUUCCCAUUGAACCAUUCUGCAACCUUUUCAGAAAAGAUCUGGCCACUGCUAAGCGUAUUUUAUAUUGUGAAUUUUACAAAAAAAGAAACCUAAAAAUAUCUAAUUUCUAUAUAUCAAUAUAUAUCUAUAAAUCAAUAGGUUUAUAUUUAUACAUAGUUUUAAUUUUGAUUAUGUCAGUGGGAUUGUAGUUCUUUUUGAAGUUUUGUAGCUUUGCCUUUUUACAUUUUUUUAUGUUGUGGUUCACUUCUAGGCUUUUGGAUUAACUCUUUAACAAAAAUGUUUUAAAUAUCCCUCAAUGAAAAAUGUUGCGAGAAAUACUUUCGGAACCAAGGCUGCUGAAAUUUCGGGAGGGCACUGUUGCGCUCUAUUACUCUUGAUACUUGAGAACAGUGGAAUUGGUCUGACCACCAUCUAUCUUCACCAUCUUGUCUUACCUACCCAGCCGUUGUAUAUAUCAGCACUAAUGAAGGACAGGAGAAGACAUGAAAGGAUGCUGGGUGACUGUGGACUUUAUCGACAGGAAAUUAGAGGGGGUUUGCUAUAUUUUGACUAAGGACAGUCUGUCAGUUGGGGAUAAUCUAUAUUUUGACUUGGUGCUGCCAUUAGCUUUGCUGCAUCCGAUGAAAAUGAUGCAGCUUGCUUCAGUUCAUCCAUUCUGGGCUGACUUUGAUCAAGCCACUAGAGAGUUUGAGCCUUAAUGUUGUUAUGAUGAGUCAUGUGCACAACAUAAACUGAGAUUCAUAAUGGUUUAAAUCUUUACCUUAAAGUCUAACAGACACGUUUGCAUUAAUGACAAUAUUUAACAAAAUAGCAAAAUGUGUAGAUAAAGGAAAUUAUAUGAUAAAGCAACCAUAGAAAAUCUAUGAAUAUAUAUAAAAUAUAUAAUAAACAUGUCUUCUAAAAAUAAAUCUAUUAUUUCACACUAAAUAUAUGUCUUGUUUUGUUUUGGGGGUUUUUUCUCGUAUUUUCUAUGCACCUUUGUGUUUGUACAUUUCUACAGUUUCUCAUAAAGGGAAUGGAAAUUAAUAAUACGGCAGCUGCUUCAGUUCUUCAUUUCUUAAUGCAACACACACAGAACAGCACGCAUGAGCUAUAAAGCUGUCAGCUUCUUUAAUUGAAAAUAUUUAAGUAUUUUAAAUUAAAGGUUAUUGAACUACUGAUAGCAGCUGUACACACAAAAUAAAGAAUAAGUCAUAAAUCAUAAUAUUUCCAUAUGUUUCUCAACAACCGUUCAUUACACAUCUCA